AUUUUGAAUAAGGGUGUCACUUUAAAUUGCAGGUUUACAAAUGUUUUAACUUCGUGAAUCGAUACAAAGGUUACCUAUGAACAUGAGCAAUGGUGAAAUGAAUUUACUUCCUUGUUGAGUUUAAGAUCAACAAAAUAAAGAUGGAGGUACCCGGGAAGAAGCGUGACUCCGACCUUGACAAGUGUUCCGCUGACGCAACUGUCUUCUGCCAGCCGUGUGGAGAAGGCGGUAAACGUGCUGUGGCCCAGGGCUUCUGUCAGACCUGCGAGGAGUACAUGUGCGCUCCCUGUGUCGAAUACCAUAGGAGAUUAAAGAUGUCCAGGAACCAUAUUUUGCUUUCAAAAGAUAAGAUGCCAUCCUUCUACCAGUCAACGAAAAAAUCAGCUAUCGCCGACACGGAGUAUUGUAACAACCAUCCGAUGGAGAUGAUCAAGUUUUAUUGCCCGACCCACGGAGCCCUUGGAUGUGAUGAUUGUGUCGUACUCGACCAUCGCAGCUGUAAAGUUGACUAUAUCGCCGAUGUGGCUAAAGAAUUCGUCACUGGAAAAGAAUUCAGAGAGCUGGAACCAUCGAUUAAACGAGUUGAAGAUCUUUUAUCCGCGUUCAUUAGUAACGUCAAGGAGAUUUUUGGCGAUGUCAAAAACCAGUCUAAGGUUGAGAUAGAUAAACUGAGGAAGUUCCGGGCAGAAAUAAACACAUACCUGGACCGGCGCGAGAAGGAGUUGCUCGACAACAUCGAGAAAAUCAAGACCGAGGAUGAGAACGUGUUGAUUGCACUUAAGACCGAUUGUGAAAUGAUGAAAACUGGACUUGAUGCCAUGAGGAAGGAAGUGACUUCCGGUGACGUCUCGGUGAACCAGCAGUACGUGGCGGCAAGGCGAGGCCGGAAGGAGCUACGGGGGAUUCGUGACGAGAUGGAGAAGAUAGUUGGUAGAAUGAAGGCGGAAGUAUCAGUUUACUAA